GAUAUUUCAGGGAUGGCGUUGCGUAAAAAGGAGCUGUCUUGCUUAAAAGAUUUCAUCGAUCACGACGUAUUUUCUGUCUUAUUAGACAAAAGACAGACGUCAAUAUUUCUUGACCCCCCUUUCUUUAAAUGCAAUACUUCUGCCAUCUUUAUCCCUCUUGAUAUCUCAUAACCUGCAUAAAGAAGGUUUAUAACACUCAGGACACUGAAGUGUUGCAGUUUCGUUGUUUCGGCAAAAGAAAUUUCGUCAUCACCUUUCGCGUCGAUUUCGAAAGAAAGACGCAGGGCAUACUUAUCAAAUUGAUUUUUAUUUAGCAAAUUUCAGCAGGUUAUUUCAUUUUUGGCGUGGAAACUUCUACACAUUAGUUGAUCUUCAUUGAGGUCAAAUACCAAUAUUCAUCCGUUCAAUCUCAGGACAUACUGGAUAAGAUGUGAUUGUUAGUACAAAAUGUUCUUCGUCAACAGUAUUUCUUGAUGUUCGGAUGUGAAUCAAAGACUUUCCACAUUGUGCCAACAUAUACCAAGACAAUUGCUCUGAAAUACUGACAAUUAGUCCUGACCUAUUAACUAGAAGCCGAAAUUCUGAUUUAUUCAUGCAGUUUCAAGUUUUCUAAUGAUUUCGUCAUCCCACGAAAUUAAGAUUCGAUGUGUUGCCGAACUGUGUUGGUCUUGAGGUGACAUAUUUAUUAAUUUCGUCAUAAAAAUUCGAAAUUCGAUUUAUAUCCGCACUAUGCAUUAUGUUUUAGGCUGACAUUGUAACCAAUUCAGAACUCAUAGGGCUGCAUGUCUUUAGUCAGAAAUCGCGACUACCGGAAGACUGAUGGGGCAGACGAUGGAUUUCGAUGAACGAUAAAGAAUAUUUUCUUGUCAUUUUUGGGAAAUUUUAGAGGAUCGAUUUUGUUUUUGCUGAUAUCAUGGCGUCCAUGACGAUGCUGGAUGCCGUUCAGGCGGUGCAGAGAAGGAAAUGGGAGUACCAGCAAGCAGUGCCUCCACUCGGCGGGAAGUACUGGGGAGAGAAGCUCACAGAGUAUGGAGGUAUCGGAGGCUAUCCCUUCCACGGGCAACAACGAGUUCGUGAUCUUUUCGUCACCCGAAGCCAUAGGCAUUUUGGCAGUGGCGUCACAAAAGCUGCCACGUACGAUCAACCUUAUAGGGUGACCAACCUGAGUAAAAGUGGAUGUCGUAUUAAUGAUGAGAGGUUGUCAGCUCCCAUGAAAACAAAACUAGACGACUUUCCCCUUCAGCGUGCACAGUGGCCGGGGAACCAUCCUUAUUAUUCACAUAAAUCUAUCUUUGAAGUUUUUCCGGAAGUGAAGCCAAACGCCGAACAAGAUUCUACGUCUGAUGGCCGAUCUUCAUUCUCGACAAAUACCACUAAUUCUUACGAUGAUGCACUCCGACGAUUACACAAUAAGCUGCACCACACCUCGCUCUACCAGCAAACAUACAAGGACCACUUCCAGGAGACCUCAGGGUCUCGUCAACACCCUUACGGCACAACUGCUCCUCAUGACUCAAGGUUAGAGAGUUUGAGAGGAGACGAUGGAGGGAUGGUGGUGAGGACAGAAGGAGGGGGAUUGAAAGGUGGCAACCGGGAAGAUGUGGGAAAGGAGAGUACUGAUGAGCAGGAGAAGAACGAAGAUGACGAAGAGGAGGAUGACAAGGGCCAGGACGACAAGGAUGAAGAGGAGGAGGAGGAUGUUUCCUCUCAGGGUGGAUCGUCAGAGCUGAGAGGCAUCCUCGUUUCAGACGCUGAUAGGUCGGUCACUCGACCAAAGUCAUCCAAGUCUCAAUCAACCAAACGCAGUGUCAGUUUCAAUGAAACACCACAGGUUCAGAUCCUUGACAGUCGAGCUUCUGCAAGAGAUGAUCACGCUUCGGAGCUGAGUGGUAGCAGUGCGGGGACUGUUGUUGCUUCCCCACCGCUGCAAGGUACAGGUCCAUGCUGGCCACCAAGUACCUCGUUGGUCAUUGAAAACAUUCGAGGUUCACAGCUCCUAGAGAGGAGGGACAUCACCAACCCUCCUGCAGGAGUGUCUGCAGGAUCGGCGACAAGGGGUCGUAGUGAUCCACUGAAGAAGAUGUUGUCGUCUUCCAAGAUUGGAGAACAUAUUGCGUAUAUUCCUCGACCGCCUCUUGGUCCAAAGCCGUCAACGCUUCCGAUUGAACCUUUACCCUCGUCACUGAAGUCCGGUUCAUCCGCCUUAGCCAGUCUUAAAUCAGAUAGAUUGGACAAACACCCUGCAGGAGACACUUUUCCCCUGACCAUGGGAGGCGAAGACAUCGCACCGCAGCUUCUCGCCAGGCAGCAGAACCAGCCUUUCGUGAUACCGCCGAGCUACCGAAUGCAGCCGAUGAAGCCUUCGGGUGUGCUCGGCUCACUGCCAGGCCUUCGGCCAUACUCGGACCCUGUUCGGAAGCUGCAUGAUGAGAUUGCCAAGCGGAUUAUGAUCAGGAAAGGAUACCAAGCUGCACCGCUUGUUCUGCCACCAGCUCCUCUGUCGGAAUGCCUGACACCAGCAGGAAGCAAGACACCCCAUCGGCUUGGCCUCAGAUACAAGUCUGAAGCCCAUAAGAGGUACCAUAGCAUGUACCCGGAAGAGAUACCUGACCUCCGGAGCACAAGGAAUUCUGGGAGAAAAUGUUUCUUCGACGGUGACCAUUCGUCUGUCUUCCGAGGAUGAUGACGUGUCUGCGACCUCAUUCGGUUGUAAUUUAUGUAAUAUAGUGUAUAUCAAUUCAGUUUCAAACUCGUGUAUAUAAUAAACUACUAAACGCAGAGUGCAACCGUAUAUGAAAAUUAUACAGGAAAAUAAUCUUUCUCAGUAGGGGGGGGGGGGGGGGGGGGGCCUGGUUCAACAUUUCUAUCGCGAAAAAAAGUAUUAGAAAAUUGAGUCGUCUGCUAAUUCGCAAUUCGAUAAAUUUUAAUUCGAAAAUGAAACACUCACCAAGUCGUUAAAAAAAAUAUUCAUGAAUUGUUGUUACGUGAAUGAAAAUUUGCGAUACCAUUUCCAUAACAUGAUGCAGUCAAAUAUUCACUUUUUUGUGGUCGGGGGGGGGGCGGCUUCGAAAUCUAUUGUCUAAAUUAACUAAGAGAUUGAGAAGGUGACCGUUAAUGCUCCACAUGCAAUCUUGGGAAUAACAUAUUUUAUGUUUACUGUGUAAAUAGUGUAAAUAAAGAUUUUUUUUACAAAAAAUCAA